GGUAGAUGGGCUAUAAUUAUCACUAUGAUAUUGCCACGAGUAAAGCGAAAGUAAUUUUAAAAUUGUUAUUCCGAUGGAGGGGAUCAGUGUGGAGAGCCGUUUAUGUCGAGUACCUGAUAUGGUUGACCGCCUACGCAAUCUUGUCCUGUAUCUAUCGCUUUGGCAUGAAUACGGACCAACAAGGAAACUUCGAGAAAUUUGCCGCGUUUUGCGAUAAGCGACUUGCCUACAUACCGAUGAAUUUUAUGCUUAGUUUCUUUGUCACAGUUGUUAUAAAUCGGUGGACGACGCAAUUUGCAAACCUCGGCAUGAUCGACAACAUCGCACUAUUUACGUCGCAACUCAUCAAAGGAAACGAUGACCGGGGGAAGAACCUGCGCCGAAACAUCGUUAGGUACUGUGUCGCUUCACAAUGUCUUGUCUUUCGCGAUAUUCAUCUCGGAGUUCGUAGACGAUUUCCCACUUUGGAGACAAUGGUUGCUGCAGGAUUUUUACAAAAACACGAGCUGGAGAAGUUUCAUGAAUGCAAAAGUCGGUAUGCGAAAUACUGGUUGCCGUUCAACUGGGCUCUACAUUUGAUCAACGUUGCUCUUGAAGAGAAAAGGCUUGAUGGAGACAUACCUAGAAGCACAAUAGCUGAAGAGAUCCGCGCUUUCCGGACGGGUCUUUCGCUUAUUUGGACCUACGAUUGGGUUCCUUUGCCAAUCAUGUACCCUCAACUGGUCUUCAUGGCUGUCCACGCUUACUUCUUCGUCUGCAUCUUCUCACGUCAAUUUAUCAUCACUCCCACAGCUGCCAACUAUACUGUGGUAGAUCUGUACUUCCCGCUAAUGUCUUCGCUCGAAUUCAUUUUCUAUGUCGGAUGGAUGAAAGUUGCAAUGGAGCUUCUUAAUCCGUUUGGAGAAGACGAUGAUGAUUUCGACUGCAAUUUUCUUUUGGAUAGAAAUCUCACAAUUGCCCUCACAGCAGUAGACAAUGUACACGAUGAUGUGCCUGAGGUCAAACCGGAUAUGUUCUGGGAGGAUACCGUUUCUCCGCUUUAUUCGCAAGAAACAGCUGGCCGAUACGUGAACUUCUAUGUGGGAAGCGCAAACAGAGCUGAACUUCCUGAAGAUGUGACUGAAAUUACUAUGGUUCCUCAUCAGCUCAACGAAAAGUUCGAUCAGUACAUCAAAAAUCCUGCUCGUAGACGGAGAACUAGCAUUGUUUCUGUGGUGAAGCAGCCUCAAACACCGGCAUCCGAAAGAGCACGAUCUGGCAGUCAUCUGCACAAUCCAUUCCACCACCGGAAACCAGUCACUACUUUAGGGAUGGAAGAAGCAGCCCGGAACUGCAAACCACGCUCAUCCACUGACAUUGGAAGUGGUCUGCAUCGAAUGGCUUCAUAUCUCAAUCCUACUUUCGUUGUUGAGACAGGUGAGACGGAACUCUCUCCAAAUUCAGCAAACAAUGGUAACGUCCAUGUCGGUGGAGGGGUAAGGGACCACAUCUUCCGAUCGAAGUCGUUCAACCACACUGAAUAG